AUGCUUGACCGUCCUGACGGUCAUUCGCGUCUCUGGUGUGGGCCCGACGAUCCGGUCGAAUUAGCCCUUGCAGUCGCUAAGGCAAGAGAAGAGCUAGGCGACGAAGCUGAGAAGGCGGACAAAUUGGCCAGCCACGAACUAUCUCGACCGGCUCUCGCCGGUGGUGAAGUGUACCAUCGGUUCUUUGAUGGCACUCUUCUUCCUUUGCCGACUAUAUUGGAGCCUCAGAUUGUAUACAAGCUCAUUUUAAAGUUGAGCUUUGUCUGGUCAUACUCGAUGCUCAAGGCGAUCGCAUAUCAUCAGCCAGUGAUGUAA